CAAGUGUAGAAGUGCUCUAGUGCAACAACACAUCCACUAAACUUCAGUGUGACCACGAUCAUUGCUGUUGGCCGUGUUCUGUCACAUUGAAUUGUCGCCGGAACUGUAAAAUGUACAGUGUACAGGGGCGCUACGUAGCAGUUUGCGUUGUUGUUAUUUUGAUCGCCUCCUCUACCCGCCUUAACUGGCAGAAAGUCUUCGGUCGUCUCGCUCCUCGCUUCUUCAACAAGGGGGCUUGGGUGGAGACAGGGGAGCUUCCAGACCCCGAAAAACAACUGCCACCCUCCCCGAGUUUAGAGCACAGCUUCCGCAAGGCAGCCGUCUGCACUGAUGGCAACCCGUGCUCAAUCAUCGGCAGAGACAUCUUGAAAAAGGAAGGUUCAGCAGUGGAUGCUGCGGUGGCGGCACUAUUCUGCAACGGGGUGUUCAACAUGCAGAGUAUGGGACUGGGCGGAGGGUUCAUGAUGACAGUGUACAAACGCGAGACCAAGACCGCUCACGCUCUGGUUGCCAGAGAAACUGCACCAGGUUUUGCUACGAAGGAUAUGUUCGCCCGCAAGCGCCUUUUGUCAGAAGAUGGAGCGCUCGCGGCAGGGGUUCCCGGAGAGCUGCGAGGAUACUGGGAGGCACACCAGAAGUUCGGCCGUCUCUCCUGGGCCGAAGUAUUAGAACCUACGCUAAAGAUGUGCGAAGAGGGUUUCCGCAUGAGUGAUUAUACAAGUGGCUGCCUUCCAUUCCGGUUUAAAUUUUCCAUUUCCGAUCCUAACUUGAGGGAGUGGUUUGUGGACCCAACUGGAAAAUAUAAGACUACGGGGAGUCUGGUCCGAACCAAAAAGUUGUGCGAAACUCUCAAAGUGAUUGCGCAAGAGGGAGGAAACGCGUUACACGAUGGUACUCUCACCAAGACGUUCGUUGACGACGUACAAAGUAUGGGAGGCAUUAUCACCGAAGACGACAUGCGGAACUACAAAGCAGUAUGGAAAGAUCCUAUCACUAUGAAGCUACGUGACAACACACUGUACUCCACUCCUCCGCCCGGUGCCGGCGUCCUCCUCGCCUUCAUCCUCAAAAUCCUCGAUGGAUUCGACCUGACCCCAGACAGCGUGAGUACGCUCGAAAAAACGACAACAACCAUUCACAGGAUGGUGGAGGCGUUUAAGUACGCCUACGCCAAGCGCACAGAAUUGGGCGAUCCAGACUUUGUUGAAAAAAUCGAAGAUCGGGUAGCCAACCUAAUGUCUGAGGACUUCGUUAACGAAAUACGAUCACAGAUCAAGGACGAUCAAACGUUUGAGGACCCCGCCCACUAUGGCGCUGUGUUCUACAACGCUGAAGACCAUGGCACGGCACACAUCAGCAUCCUUGCUCCGGACGGAGACGCCGUGGCAGUCACUAGCAGUCUUAGUCUCAUUUUUGGCUCAGGAGUGACGUCAAAGAGAACAGGAAUCUUACUGAACAGUGGCAUGAAUGACUUCUCCAUACCUGGACAGAACGAUUACCACGGAGUUAAACCGUCACCCGCCAACCUCAUACAACCAGGCAAGCGGUCAAUGAGCUCCACCUGCCCCACGAUCAUAGUAGACGAUAAUGGAGACGUGCGGAUGGUCGUCGGGGCCGCCGGGGGCACCCAUAUCACCACCGCAGUGACAUAUGUCAUAAUGCAAUAUUUAUGGUUGGGAAAGUCAAUCAAAGAAGCAGUGGAUGCAAGCAGAAUCCAUCAUCAGCUGUAUCCAAUGGAGAUUGAAUACGCAUAUGGAGUCACUUCUCCAUUAGUCAAGAGCCUACAAAAACUUGGUCACAAAAUGGCACGAUUUGGAGUCAGAGGCUCCAUUGUAUGUGCUAUCGCCAAAAAAGGCGACCGCAUUUACGCCAACGCAGAUUAUCGUAAAGACAGUGGUGAUGUUUGCGGGUUAGACUGAAGAAGAUUUUUUUCAAUCGUUUGAAUCUGGCCCCAAUUUUUUAAAAUUCAAAUUUGUUAGUUUUUCAUAGUAAUAGUCUCGUCUUUUUCGUUAUCACAACCGUAUGUUUUCCUUCUCUUUUAAGUUUUAUAAAACAUAUUCUUUUACUUUAUUUUCAGAACUGCAUAUAUUCUAGUUUUUAAGCAAAAAAUCCAAAAUUUGCUGUUUUGCAAUAAUUUAUGAAAUAUUGAUUAGGGAUGGACGAGAUUGAAUUUUUAGUUCGAGACGAGACGAGACGAGAUUUUUUAUUUCUCAUAAAAUUUCAAGACGAGAUCGAGACGGGAUUUCCCUUCUCAUACACAACGGGAAAUGCACGUUCAAAAUGUUUACCUGAUUUUGUAACAUUGUUAGAUGACUGUUUAAAUACAAAAAUAAUGAUAACAGGCAAGAAUAUUUACAAUCUUUUAUUAAAAAACAUCAGCAUAACAUUUUUUUAUUAAUCACGCCUAACUUAUUAAAAAUGCCUACGAUUAGGAAACAUAGUGAUAACAGUUAGGAUAGAGUUCAACUUAUCCUAAAAUAAAAUAAAAGCAAUAUUAAUUUUUAUAAAAUAGUUACUUGUUUUGGCUUUUUAUAGUAAUAAAACAUUCCUCACACUGCUUACACUUAACAAAACUUCUCAAAUGUUAUUAAAGUAAUAUUAUUAA